UCUUCCUCUACAGUCUUCUGAGGAGAAAACACUUCUCUCCAGCAGCAACAUCACUACCUGAAAUAUCAGUGGAGUUGGACAUUUAAAGGAACAUGCAGAGUCCGUCCACUCCAACCCCAAAAGACCCGGGUGUGGAGGAAGGCACUGGACCUGAAACAGGGUCACGGGUCACAGAGGGCAUGGAGACAGACCGAUUUGGUUUCCUUCUGAGGAACGGAUUCACUGCUGGGAGCGAGGGACCACUCCCUGAGUUGGUGAGACAGAGGGAGGCCAAGUGGAUCAACCUCAUCAGCCAAUGGGAUCGUGUCUUGCAGAAGAAGACCAGCAAGGUCAAAGAGCAGUGUCAGAAGGGUAUCCCAGCAUCCCUCAGGGCUAAGUGCUGGCCACUGCUCUGUGGAGCCACAGACAAAAUGAACAGGAACGAUGACCUCUACAAGUCUCUGGACUCCAAGCAGGCUCUGCAGACCUGGGUGGAAGUGAUCGAGAGAGACCUGGACCGCCAGUUCCCCUUCCACGAGAUGUUUGUCUCCAAGGACGGUCAUGGCCAGCGCGGUCUGUUCCGGGUUCUGAAGGCCUUCACCCAGUACCAGCCUGAGGAGGGAUACUGCCAGGCCCAGGGGCCCGUCGCUGCCGUGCUGCUCAUGAACAUGCCUGCUGAGGAAGCCUUUUGGUGCCUGGUGCAAAUCAGUGAACAGUACCUGCCUGGCUACUACAACCCCCUGCUGGAGGGGGUUCUGUUCGACGCCGCCAUCCUCACCUGGGUUCUAAAGAGGGCGUGUCCCGCGGCCCACAGGCACCUGCAGAAACACGGGGUGGAGCCCCUCAUGUUCGCCACCGAUUGGCUGAUGUGCCUGUACACGCGGCACCUCCCCUUCAACACACUGCUACGAGUCUGGGACCUCUUCUUCUGCUACGGGGUGCGGGUGCUGUUCCAGGUGGCGGUGGUGCUGGUGCGUCGGGUCCUGGGCCGGGCCGAGCAGAGGAAGGAGUGCCAGGGCCAGAUGGAGACUCUGGAGAAGCUGAGGUCCAUCAGGGAGGAGAUCCAGCAGGAGGACAACGCCUUCAUCUCAGAGGUGUGUUCUGUGCCGCUGUCGGGGAGAGACCUGGAGCGGCAGACGGAGCGAGAGCUGGAGAAAUGGAAGAACGACCGCCCCUCCUCCACCUUCGACCCCCGGGGCCGCUGCUACGGCUACCGCAUGGCGUGGGAGAAGGAGAGGCAGAAGGAGGCCGAGCGCGACCGAAAGGAGAGGCAGAAGGGCAAUCUCUCUCUCCCUCUCCUCCGCUCGCCUUCCAGCCUUUCCCUCUCGCCGUCGCUCCUCCGCAAGAGGUGGACCACGGGGAGGAAGGCUUCGGAGACGUCGAGGGAGGAGCGGGGCGAGGGAGACGAGAGGCUGAGGAGGGAGAGCUGGAUGGAUAGCAGCCCAGCGAUGAUGCAAGGCGUUCUCGAAGAGGAGGAGAAGGCCAUGUGGGAGCCCAGUGUUCCGCCUGGGGACAAGGAACCCCAAGGGGGCCCACCACCGCCCAGGAAACCAUCAGAGGAGGAGAGGGGAACCGAUACGGGCCAACUCUGUCAAGCCCCAGAGGACCAGAGAGAGGUCAAAGAACCCAUCCAUGAACACGGUGCUACCUCGGAUGAUCUCUACCAAUCACGGGUUCCAGUGCUGCAGAGUAGCAGGAACGAUCAGGGUCAGGUAGCAGACCUCAGGUCUGUCGCCAUGGACAUGCAGGAAGAGAGGGAUGGACGGUUGAGGGAGAAGGAACACGUGAGAGGGACAUACACAGUGAUCAAUACCACGACAGAAGCUGAGGCAGGGACGGAGGCAGGGACCGACACAAAGGUGAGGACACAGUUAGGGACAGGGCCAGAGGUAGGGCCAGAGGUAGGGCCAGAGGCAGGGACAGAGGCAGUGACAGGAACAGACGCAGGGACAGGAACAGGAACAGAGGCAGGAACAGGAAUAGAGGCAGGGAUAGGAGCAGAAGCAGGGUCAGGAACAGAAGCAGGGACAGACGUAGGGACAGAGGAAGGGACAGAGGAAGGGACAGGGACAGAGGCAGAGACGGGGACAGAAGCAGGGAAAGGAACAGAGACAGGAAUAGAGGCAGGGACAGGAAUAGAGGCAGGGAUAGGAGCAGAAGCAGGGUCAGGAACAGAAGCAGGGACAAACGUAGGGACAGAGGAAGGGACAGAGGCAGACACGGGGACAGAAGUAGGGACAGGAACAGAGACAGGAACAGAGGCAGGGACAGGGGCAGAGGUAGGGACAGGAACAGAGGCAGGGACAGGAACAGAGGCAGGGUCAGACUCAGGCUCGGAGAAAGUGGCAAAGGGAGGGACAGAGUUAGAGACAGGGAAAGAGGUACAUGCAGGGCCCAGUAAGGCGACUGAGAUAGAGGCAGAAAAGUUAGAUGCAGGGCCAGAGGCAGAGAGAGAGGCAGGAAUACAGCAAGAGAUAGAGCUAGAGAAAGAGGUAGGGACAGAUAUAGAGCCAGAGAGAGAGGUAGGGACACAGCUACAGAUAGAAAGAGAGGCAGGUACACAGCUAGACACAGAGCGAGGGGCAGGGACAGACAUAGAGCCAGAGAGAGAGGCAGGGACACAGCUAAAGAUAGAAAGAGAGACAGGUACACAGCUAGACACAGAGCCAGAGACAGGGACAGACAUAGAGCCAGAGAGAGAGGCAGGUACACAGCUAGAGAUAGAAAGAGAGGCAGGUACACAGCUAGACACAGAUUCAGAGGCAGGGACAGAUAUAGAGACCGAGAAGCACAGAGAGGAGAUGGGAAGUAGACAGACCAAAUCACACAUGGUUCACAAAGAAAUAAGUAUCUACACAGAGACAGACACAGAGCCACAAACAGGCCUGAAGUCAGACAAGAUGGAGGAAGAAACUAGGACAGAGCCCCAGAGAGGCUCAGCCGCAGAGAACUCCACCCACCCAGAGGACAGGGAGGACAAAGACCCCGGAUUACAGACGCACACCCGGGCUGACGCAGGAAAGGGUACCGACACGCCCACAGACACGCCGACAGAAAAAGCCAAGACAGACACGGUUGGAGAGAACGAACGUGGGGAGCAGAGGCAGAGCGACGUGGAGGCGGUGGAAGGGGACUUGCACGGACACACAGCGACGAGGACAGAUGCUGCUGGCGAGCCACUGGAGACAGAGACACAAGAGGCAGGGGGAAGUGCAGCGGCCCUGGCUGGAGGAGAACCAGAGAAGGGCCCACUCUGUGACCACGAGGUGCCUCGCACAGAGGCAGCACAGGCAGACUCCGCCGAUGCAGUGAGACAGGCGGAGGAGGAGGCGGACGCGGAGACGGACACGCCCGGUGAAUCGGUGACGCCAGCGACGACGGAAACAAAGAUGGAGGCGCCGCAAAAGCCGGAGACGGACACGCACUCGGAUACAGUCAUGUGCAAAGGUACAGAGAGGGAAUCGGACGUGGAGUCAGAUGCACGCGCACAGGCAAAGAGAAAAUGUGAGGCAGAGUUCACUGAACACAAGGAGACAACAGAUCCUACACAGAUAGACACACGUACUCAAAUUGAAACAGGAAAGGGCGACAUUGAGUCACAGGCAGACAUUCAGCCACCCACAGAUACCUCUAGAACUAUUAUACCGGAAGACAGCAUUGUUUCUCUGGAGUCCCAGGUCCAUGCCUCUGCUACAGAGCCUGAUGGGAAAUGUAGUUCAGUACAUCCAUCACCUCUGGAACAGGCCGGAUCUGAAAAAGGAGACAUCACUAGAGUUCCAGAGGAGAAACAGGAGAACCAAAACAAGAGAGAACCUGAAGGAGAAACAGAAGAUGACAUAUUUGAAUUGCCAUCCCAGAAUGCUUCAUCAGACGUCACUCUAUCAGUGCAGAUUGAAACUGUGGCCGAGAACAUCUCCCCCAAACCUGGCAACGCAAAUCCUCAAAACCAGGGGGAUAUUUCCCCUAUCGCAGACACCAGGACAGAAUCUGGCAACCCAGAGACGACACACGCUGUUGACCCGCCCAACAGUCUGUCUAAAGGGGAUCCGUCGCUUCAUGACCCACCUCGCCCAAGUCCUUCUGGAGAAUUCCGCCUCCACAAAUCCUCCAGUUCCCGUGGAUCACGCCCCCCCCGCAGGCUCUCUGAGGACCUCUUCACCGUCCCCCAGCUAUCCCCUCCUGACCAAACACACACAACCCCGGCAGCCUCGAAACAAUCACAACCCACCAAUCCACCAGUCCCUGUACAUUCAAAUCAAGUCCACCCUAACCUUGACCCGAGUAUCCCUGAGACCCCUCACCCCGACCGUGAGCCGACUCACCCAGACCCUGCCAGCGCCCAGCCUUCAGCCUCACCUCCAAGUGGGUCUAACCCAGCCCCGCCUGGCCAGAGCUGUACCCCCCAGGACCCAGCCAGCCCUCCCCAGGGCCCAGCCAGCACCACCCCCCGACGCUUCGGCCUGUUCCGCAGGCUCAGAGGGGAGCCGGCCCGGGGUAAGGUCCCCGUCCCUACCAUCCUCAUCCAGGACUUCAGCGACGGGCCAGGGGAGCAGAGGAGCGCGGAGGAGGGCGAGGAGAAGCUGAGCUCCAGGGAGCGGCGGAGGAGACGCAGGGAGCAGGAGCGGAGGGAGAGAGAGGAGGAGAAGCUGCGAAAGAAGAGGGAGAAGGAGAAGGCGGAGAAGGGGAGGAGGAAGCCGCAGACAAGAGGGAAGAGUUUCCAGGUGCAGGGCGAUAAGAGCAGCAGGGAUGUGCCUGGAAACCCCUCGCAGACACGUGGUCCCCAAAAACUUUCCCAUGCUGAAGCCUACUUCUAGUACACACACACAAACACACAGAGAAACAAAACAUGCACCUUUGAAGUCUAAAUAAAUGUAUUAUGAGAUCAAUCCACAUGAGAUUAUCCGGGGAAAAAAUUAAACCAAUAUUGU